AUGGAAUUAGUUAUUAAAAAGUGUUUAAUUGGAUUGACAUUUAUAGGAUUAAUUUUAAUUUGUCCAAUAUUAUGUGAUCGUAAAAUGUGGGAGUGUAAUAAAAAUGAUCUAGAUUUUGAAGAGUGUAUGAAAAUAAUUAUCCCUGAUGUAACUCGUCAAUAUUAUAUUGAUCGUGCAGGAGUACAGAAACAAAUAGGUACAGAUUUUAUUUUAUUUGGCCAAUUUUUUGGCAAAACUGGUGACAUUAAAUAUCGUUGUAGAGGUGUCAGUGUAUCGGGCUUCAACGAUAAUUUAGCAGUAAAAAAUUAUGUUGCUGAUUGGGAUAAAUAUGAACUUAAUAUAACUACAACCAAUCUAAAAAUAAUUGUCGAUUCAAUAUAUUGUACAAAUGGCAAUUUAGGCAAAGUUUUCAAGCCAAUUGAAGGAAGUGAUGUUAAAAUGUCAUUGUAUCAAGUGACAAUGGAACAUAUUAUAAAUUUUAAUACUAGUCAAGCAGGCAAAGUUUACAUUGACGAUUGGAGAAUUAAAAUAAAUCCAGUUUUAGUUUAUAUUGAUCAUCCCGAAAAGAUGGGAGCAAGUGAUAACUUAAGGAAAGGAUUUGAAUUUAUUGAAAAAGGACUUGGAAAAGCUACUGGGAAUGCUUUAAAAAAUUUUGCAAAUCAUAAAAAAGAAGAAAUGGUUCCCGAGUCAUACUAG